UUCUUCACAAACGUAUCUUUGAAAAUCUCUUUCUUUUUAUCAAAAUAUGGCAAGAAGUUUAGAGCCUCUAAUUGUUGGUAGAGUAAUUGGUGAUGUUCUUGAUUCAUUCAAUCCUACAAUAAAAAUGACAAUCACUUUUAAUAAUAAAUUAGUUUGCAAUGGCCAUGAACUUUAUCCUUCUGCUAUUUCUGCUAGACCUAAAGUUGAAGUUCAUGGUGGAGAUUUGAGAACUUUCUUCACACUGGUCAUGACAGAUCCUGAUGUUCCUGGCCCUAGUGAUCCUUAUCUGAGAGAGCAUCUUCACUGGAUAGUAACUGACAUUCCAGGUACAACUGAUGCUACUUUUGGAAGAGAAUUAGUGAGCUAUGAAAUUCCAAGGCCAAAUAUUGGGAUACAUAGGUUUGUAUUUGUUCUUUUUAAGCAGAAACGUCGGAGUUCAGUUAGUCAACCAACUGCCAGAGAUCAUUUCAAUACUCGAGAUUUCGCCCAAGAAAAUGAACUUGAACAACCUGUUGCUGCUGUUUUCUUCAAUGCUCAGAGAGAAACCGCAGCGCGUAGACGCUAAUUAGAAGUUAUUUUUCUUACGACUAUGAGAUAAGCAUCCAGUACCUCCGAAUUAUGGCAAAAGUUGCUACGACACGCUCAAACUUCACAGGGGUCCUAUUACCCCCGGAACUCAAUUUUAGCGUGUUUGUGUCAAACCUUUUGUGCUGACAUGACACCUUUUAUUACAUAAAA